UUAUAUCAUUGCCUUAUUGCCUAGUGUUUUGACCUGUUUGUUUUGACUUCUCUUUUGGAUCUCCCCUUUUGCCUGUUUGCCUGGUUGGACUGCUUUACUGUGUUUUUGACCUCACUGCCUGUUUUUCUGACACUGUGUUUGGAUUUUGAUGGACUGUUUGAAUAAACAUCUGCUUAUGGAUUCUUCCUCGGCUUCCGCCUCCUCAUUAUUACAAUGGAUCUUGGCUGAUGACCCUGUAGCUGGACAAUGAUGCUGCAUUUAUGCAUCUAAUAAACCUAGUGCAUAAAAAAUAACAACAAAACACAUUUUAUAAUGAUUUUAUUUUUAAUAUUAACUAUCCUCAGAAUUGAUAGUUGUUAUAUUCCAUAAUCAAUUUCAUUAUGUAUGUAUUUAAUGGUGUAGUCUAUCACUGGAUGGGCUACACCCUUAGGCAAGCCAGUAGAAAGGAUAAACACCACAUCUGUAUGUUGCGAAACUUUUGGGAACUUAAGGAAUUUCCUUUGCAAGAAGCAGCUGCACAAGAUUAAAAACUUUUGGAAAUAAGCACUGAGGGUUUUGCUCACAGAAUGGAGACUAUGAGGAUUGUGCGAUUGGGAGUUAUUAUUUUCCUUUGUCAGGAGCUUUCUUGUGGAUUUGUGGAGUCGUCGUCAUGUAUGCCUGGCUUUGAGUCAGAGUUGUUGGUUUUUAAAGUUCACAGAGAACAUCUUCACAGAGGGAAAAGACUAGGAAGAAUAACAUUCAAUACCUGUGAUGGAAGAACCAGAACACUCUUUCAGUCUGCUGACAAGCGGUUUGAUGUGAACACGGAAGGGAUUUUAUCACUAAAGAGACCAGUUACUCUUCAUGAAGGCCACAAGGUGUUUUCUGUGCACGCUUGGGAUUCCAGUGGCAACAAACAUACAGCUUUUGUCAGAGUUGAGCGUGCACAUAAUCAUGAGGAGCAUCAUAUGGACACGGAGAUGGAAUCUUCCUCCGAUCUUCCAGUCCUGAGAGGUUGGGUUAUUCCUCCUGUCAAUGAACCUGAGAACAGUAAAGGUCCUUUCCCAAAAAAGCUGGUCCAAAUAAAGUCAGAUUAUUCUAAGGAAACUCUGAUGGUGUACAGCAUCACGGGUGAAGGGGCUGAUCUGGACCCUAAAGGGCUUUUCACCAUUGACAGAUUGACAGGGAAUCUCUUUGUGACUCAGCCAGUGGACAGAGAAAAAAAAGCUUCAUACCAUCUCAUAGUUCAUGCUGUUGCAGCUGCUGAUGUGAAUGUCAAAGAGACUCCCAUGGAUGUCAUUGUCAAUGUGAUUGACCAAAAUGAUAACAGCCCUGUGUUUACUCAAAAUCCUUUCAACGGACACGUUCCUGAAGCCGCUCCCAAAGGUAAGCAUAUGUUUAUGAAGGUCACUGCCACCGAUGCCGAUGAACCAGAUAAUGACAACUCUGAUGUCAGAUACACAAUUGUCAGCCAGGAUCCACCAUUUCCAAAUCCAAACAUGUUUGAUAUCAACAUUGUAACUGGAGGGAUUCGUGUGAUCAAAACUGGCCUGGAUAGAGAGAAAUAUUCCAGAUAUACUUUGAUCAUUCGAGCUGCUGACAUGUCCGGAGAAGGUCGUUCAGUCACUGGCACAGCUGUCAUUACAGUGACUGACAGCAAUGAUAACGCACCUCAGUUCGAAAAGAGAGGUUGGGUUAUUCCUCCUUUCAAUGAACCUGAGAACAGUAAAGGUCCUUUCCCAAAAAAACUGGUCCAAAUAAAGUCAGAUUAUGCUAAGGAAACUCGGAUGGUGUACAGCAUCACGGGUGAAGGGGCUGAUCUGGAUCCUAAAGGGCUUUUCACCAUUGACAAAUUUACAGGGAAUCUCUUUGUGACUCAGCCAGUGGACAGAGAAAAAAAAGCUUCAUACCGUCUCAUAGCUCAUGCUGUUGGAGCUGAUGCGGAUAUCACAGAGACUCCCGUGGAAGUCAUUGUCAAUGUGAUUGACCAAAAUGAUAACAGCCCUGUGUUUACUCAAAAUCCUUUCAACGGACACGUUCCUGAAGCCGCUCCCAAAGAUUAUGAGUUUAUGAAGGUCACUGCCACUGAUGCCGAUGAGCCAGAUAAUGACAACUCUGAAGUCAGAUACAUAAUUGUCAGCCAGGAUCCACCAUUUCCAAAUCCACACAUGUUUGAUAUCAACACUGUAACUGGAGGGAUUCGUGUGAUCGAAACUGGCCUGGAUAGAGAGAAAUAUUCCAGAUAUACUUUGAUCAUUCGAGCUGCUGACAUGUCCGGAGAAGGUCGUUCAGCCACUGGCACAGCUGUCAUUACAGUGACUGUCAACAAUGAUAACGCACCUCAGUUCGAGUACAACACGACAGAAUCUUCCUCCAAUCUUCCAGUCCUGAGAGGUUGGGUUAUUCCUCCUGUCAAUGAACCUGAGAACAAUAAAGGUCCUUUCCCAAAAAAGCUGGUCCAAAUAAAGUCAGAUUGUGCUAAGGAAACUCGGAUGGUGUACAGCAUCACGGGUGAAGGGGCUGAUCUGGAUCCUAAAGGGAUUUUCACCAUUGACAGAUUGACAGGGAAUUUCUUUGUGACUCAGCCAGUGGACAGAGAAAAAAAAGCUUCAUACCGUCUCAUAGCUCAUGCUGUUGCAGCUGCUGAUGUGAAUGUCAAAGUGACUCCCAUGGAUGUCAUUGUCAAUGUGAUUGACCAAAAUGAUAACAGCCCUGUGUUUACUCAAAAUCCUUUCAACGGACACGUUCCUGAAGCCGCUCCCAAAGAUUAUGAGUUUAUGAAGGUCACUGCCACUGAUGCCGAUGAACCAGAUAAUGACAACUCUGAAGUCAGAUACACAAUUGUCAGCCAGGAUCCACCAUUUCCAAAUCCAAACAUGUUUGAUAUCAACACUGUAACUGGAGGGAUUCGUGUGAUCGAAACUGGCCUGGAUAGAGAGAAAUAUUCCAGAUAUACUUUGAUCAUUCGAACUGCUGACAUGUCCGGAGAAGGUCGUUCAGCCACUGGCACAGCUGUCAUUACAGUGACUGUCAACAAUGAUAACGCACCUCAGUUCGAGUACAACACGACAGUAUCUUCCUCCGAUCUUCCAGUCCUGAGAGGUUGGGUUAUUCCUCCUGUCAAUGAACCUGAGAACAGUAAAGGUCCUUUCCCAAAAAAGCUGGUCCAAAUAAAGUCAGAUUAUGCUAAGGAAACUCGGAUGGUGUACAGCAUCACGGGUGAAGGGGCUGAUCUGGACCCUAAAGGGCUUUUCACCAUUGACAAAUUGACAGGGAAUCUCUUUGUGACUCAGCCAGUGGACAGAGAAAAAAAAGCUUCAUACCGUCUCAUAGCUCAUGCUGUUGCAGCUGCUGAUGUGAAUGUCAAAGUGACUCCCAUGGAUGUCAUUGUCAAUGUGAUUGACCAAAAUGAUAACAGCCCUGUGUUUACUCAAAAUCCUUUCAACGGACACGUUCCUGAAGCCGCUCCCAAAGAUUAUGAGUUUAUGAAGGUCACUGCCACCGAUGCCGAUGAGCCAGAUAAUGACAACUCUGAUGUCAGAUACACAAUUGUCAGCCAGGAUCCACCAUUUCCAAAUCCAAACAUGUUUGAUAUCAACACUGUAACUGGAGGGAUUCGUGUGAUCGAAACUGGCCUGGAUAGAGAGAAAUAUUCCAGAUAUACUUUGAUCAUUCGAGCUGCUGACAUGUCCGGAGAAGGUCGUUCAGUCACUGGCACAGCUGUCAUUACAGUGACUGACAGCAAUGAUAACGCACCUCAGUUCGAGUACAACACGUACACUGCAUCUGUCCCAGAGAAUAAAGUGGGUGUUGUAGUGGCCAAGAUGUCAGUUACUGAUGAUGAUGAACCUGGAUCAGCUGCCUGGUCUACCAAGUAUCGGAUUGUUGGCGGUGACAAAAAUGGUUUUUUCAAUGUCAGUACUGGACCCAGCCAGCUAGAGGGCAUCAUCAUCACUGUAAAGCCACUGGACUUUGAGAAGACCAAACAAUACAUUCUGUCGGUGAUUGUUGAGAACGAUGAUCCAUUUGUUGGCUCUUUGCCCACUUCCACUGCCACAGUCACCGUGAAUGUAGAAGAUGUGAACGAGCCUCCAGUGUUUAAUCCAAAUGAGAAAGUCAUUUCCAGACCUGAAGAUUUUGCAGUUGAAAGUGAAUUGGUUACAUAUACAGCCACUGAUCCAGACACUGGAAAAUCACAGAAAAUAACGUAUAAAAUUGGCAACGAUCCUGCAGGAUGGCUUAAUGUAAAUAAAGAGACUGGAGUGAUCAAAGUCUGGAGCCUCAUGGACAGAGAGUCUAACUUUGUCAAAGAUGGCAAAUACCGAGCUAUCAUUUUGGCCACAGAUAAUGAUGAAUUUCCAGCAACUGGCACAGCAACCCUGAUCAUUGAAUUGGAGGAUGUAAAUGACAAUGCUCCCUCUAUUAAUGAAAGGACUAUCCAGAUUUGCAAUCAUGAACCAGUACCUGUGCUUCUCUCUAUCACCGACAAAGAUGGAGAUCCUUAUUCUGCUCCUUUUCGCGUUGAAACCCAAGGAGACACAAGUAAAAACUGGAAUGCCAGGAUGAAUGACACUGCAACAGGCAUUGUGCUAAGCCUCAGUACUCCAUUGGAACAGGGUAACUACAUUGUGUUCCUGAGGGUUUAUGAUCAACUGCUGCACCAGGACACCACCAUUCAAGCAACUGUGUGUGACUGCACAGGACAAGACUUCAAAUGCAAUGACAAGUGGUCUACUGCAGGGGUGCCACUGUCUAUAGUUCUUGGAAUCCUGGGGGCCAUCUUGGUUCUGCUGUUGCUUGUUGUUCUGCUUCUCUUGUUCCUGAGGAGGAAAAGGGAUAGUAAGAAAGAGCCACUCCUUGCUGAAGAUGAUUUAAGAGACAACAUCUACUAUUAUGAUGAGGAAGGAGGUGGAGAAGAUGAUCAGGAUUAUGAUUUGAGUGUGCUGCAUCGAGGCCUUGACAACAAACCUGAUGUGUUCAGAAAUGAUGUGGCUCCCACCUUCUUGCCUGCACCUCAGUAUAGGCCUCGACCUGGCAACCCUGAGGAGAUUGGCACAUUCAUUGAUGACAAUCUGAACGCCGCAGAUAACGACCCUACUGCACCCCCCUAUGACUCACUGCUGGUGUUUGACUUUGAAGGAGGAGGCUCAGAUGCAGGAUCUCUCAGCUCCCUCCACUCUUCUAGCUCCGGAGCGGACGAAGACUACGACUUCCUCAAUGAUUGGGGCCCACGCUUCAAGAAGCUAGCAGAUAUGUAUGGAGGAGGAGAGGAUUAAGACAUCUUCAUGAGAUUAGUUUUAUUUACUCCCAGUGUAAAAGGCACAUGGAUGAUUUAAAUAUGGGACAAUUUUUAUACAAGUUUCACUUUAUGGUCUGGUUUGCAUGUUGUUUAAUGUUGGAACUGGAUUAGUAGCACUGUUCGUCCAUCUCCAACUUCAAGGAAAGGUUUGUAGACCUCCACGAGUGUUUCCUUUUCCUUGGAGCAAUCUUGGCAGGAACUUGGCUGAUUUUCAAGUUCUCACUUGAAAGAGAUUUGACUAUUUACUUUAAGAAUGCUUUGGUAUGGGUAAGGAGCUGUAAAAUGGCUCAAGAUGCUUGUCUUGUCCCAAUGUUGAUUUUGUAAAAUGAACUUUUUGUUACCUUUCACCACUUUGGCAUUAAAGGAUAAUCCAAAGCAUGGAUGAUACUGUAAUUUUACCUUUUUUUUUUUUUUGGAUAAGCACUGAUGUUGUCAACAACUUAUUUUUCUCUUUUUGAUAUUUGCAGGCAUCUAUUUUUGUCCUUUUUCUGAAUUGCAAGAAUGUUAAUGACUUUAUGUACGUUUUUUAUUCUUUAUAUACAAGUUAAAUUCUUGUUUAGGCAUUAAGUUUACAAGGUUCAUAUUUUAUUAAACAAUUUACUUGUA